CGCCUAUCAGCCAAUGAAGAGACAGCAGUGAAAGCGGUUGCGCAGUGAAGGCUAGACCCGGUUUACUGGAAUUGCUCCGGCGAUCGAGGGGUCCUAGUACACCGCAAUCAUGUCUAUUAUGUCCUAUAACGGAGGGGCCGUCAUGGCCAUGAAGGGGAAGAACUGUGUGGCCAUCGCUGCAGACAGGCGCUUCGGGAUCCAGGCCCAGAUGGUGACCACGGACUUCCAGAAGAUCUUUCCCAUGGGUGACCGGCUGUACAUCGGUCUGGCCGGGCUCGCCACUGACGUCCAGACAGUUGCCCAGCGCCUCAAGUUCCGGCUGAACCUGUAUGAGUUGAAAGAAGGUCGGCAGAUCAAACCUUAUACCCUCAUGAGCAUGGUGGCCAACCUCUUGUAUGAGAAACGGUUUGGCCCCUACUACACUGAGCCAGUCAUUGCCGGGUUGGACCCGAAGACCUUUAAGCCCUUCAUUUGCUCUCUAGACCUCAUCGGCUGCCCCAUGGUGACUGAUGACUUUGUGGUCAGUGGCACCUGCGCCGAACAAAUGUACGGAAUGUGUGAGUCCCUCUGGGAGCCCAACAUGGAUCCGGAACACCUGUUUGAAACCAUCUCCCAAGCCAUGCUGAAUGCUGUGGACCGGGAUGCAGUGUCAGGCAUGGGAGUCAUUGUCCACAUCAUCGAGAAGGACAAAAUCACCACCAGGACACUGAAGGCCCGAAUGGACUAACCCUGUUCCCAGAGCCCACUUUUUUUUCUUUUUUUGAAAUAAAAUAGCCUGUGUUUCA